AUGUUACAACCCGAUUCCUGUGCCUGUGGGAUGGACAAUUUACAAUUGUUCCAAGUCCCUCCCACUAAUAUUGCUUUAGAAAACUCCAAAUGGGAAGAAUAUUACCCUAUUUCUAGUACUUUAGAUUCAGAGACAGCUCCGAUCGAAUUUGAAAUUAAAGGACAAGGAGAUCAAUAUCUAGAUUUAUCUCAAACUUAUCUUCAAAUGGUAUGUCAAUUUGUCCAAAAUGAUGGAAGUGAUCUGGCUGGAGAUCCUGCUAAAACAGCCCCAGUGAAUAAUAUCUCACAUUCCUUGUUUACGGAAAUUGAUGUUAGUCUCAAUGGAAAAAUAAUAACUCCAGGGACCGAUACUUAUCCUUACAAAGCUUAUCUGGAGAAAUUACUGUCUUACAAACCCAGAACUUUAGCCACACAAAUGAAAGCCUGUAGUCUAUGGGAAAAAGAUACGGCAGGACACAUGGACGAAAGAGGGCUAGCAGCUCUGGGAGUGGCUGCUAAUCAGGCCUUUGCUGUAGCUCAUGAUAGUUGUACCAUUAACAAACCCAUCAUCCCAGCAUACCCAGCCAAUUCUAAAAACGAAGGAUACAGAAAACGUCAUGAAGCUAUAGAUGCUAGUAAGAAAAUUACUUUGUUGGAUCGUUUACAUCUGGAUUUGUUUCAACAAGAUCGAUUUCUACCGAAUGGAGUCGACGUCCGUUUGAGAUUUAAUCGAGCUAGACCUGAUUUCUACAUGAUGACGGCUCAAGCCAAUACGGGAAAAGUCAAAAUAUUAAGUAUGGUCUUGUGGGUGAGAAAAGUGAAACCUUCCCCUACUUUAAUGAAUCACAUCAAUCAAACUUUGAAUACUCACAGAGCCAAAUAUCCAUUAAGAAGAGUGGAAGUCAAAAGUUUUACCAUACCUACAGGAACUCAAUCUAAGAUUACCGAUCAUCUGUUUCAAGGCCAGAUGCCAAAAAGGCUCAUUUUAGGGUUUGUGAAGAAUGCGGCUUUUAAUGGAGAUAAAACUAAAAAUCCCUUUAAUUUUCAAAAUUUUGGGAUUAAAAAAUUAGAUGUUAGUAUCAAUGGAGAGACCAUGAUGACUCGUUGUUUCGAACCUAAUUUUAAUGAAGAUUUAUAUCUGAGAUCUUAUCUGAGUUUAUAUCAAGCUUUGGGGAAAUUAGGGGAAGAUUGGGCUCCGGACAUUACCUUAGAAGAGUAUAAAAACGGAUACACUUUAUGGGGCUGGGAUUUCACUAAAGAUCAAAAAGCCCAAUCGGAUAAAUUCCAUCUCAUAGUAACAGGAAAUUUAAGAGUAGAAGUUCAAUUUACUAACAAUACGGCUACCACUUUAAAUUGUGUGGUGUAUGCAGAAUUUGAUAACCUCUUAGAAAUCAACAAACAGAGAGAAGUGAGCAUUGAUUAUUAA